UCUUGUUAUCUACCAAGUUUCAUCAAUUUUGGAGUUGGGUAGCCAUAUCAAAAAAAUUCCUAAAGAUCAGCCAAGUGUUACAUAAAUUUUCAGCUCAACUAAGUUUGUUUGUUAGCUUCCUUAGGCAUUGAACCUUACUUUCACAUGCUUGAUUGGCUUUACUUGCUUGGUUUUAUUGCCUAUGUGUAUACCUUGAUUGAUUUGUCUUAGCACUUGCAUUUAGGAAGUUGGAUAUUGAGAGUGAGUGAACCUAGCCCUCACUAUAUUCUAAGCCUUGUUCCGAGUGACAUUGGUGAGUGAAUUGGGGGUGGGAUUAUCAUUUGGGAAGUGAGCUCUUACUAAAAUCUCCUCUUGUUGUGUGGGUGAGUUGUGUUUUUGCUAACCACACUUGGACUAGCUCCUAGUGUAUUGUUUGUUAUUUGUGUAGGUACACCUUUAUGGAUGUUUACACUAAGGUCCGUGAUUGGCAACUUAACUCAUUGAGGAGUGAAAGGAGGAUAGCUUGUGAUAAUAGGGGUCGAGGAGAGCAAGAGUUGGAAUAUCAAGAAAGACCUCAUCAAGAUUAUAAGUGCUAUGGAUGAUAUAGUCGAGAGAGGCAUGGUAGAGGUGAUUAUGUGUCAAGGGGGCAUGAUAAUGUAAUUGAUAGAGGGAUUAGAAGGGAACGAGUCUCAAGGCUUUAUGAAGAGCCUCCUCAUAGAAGCAAAAAGGGAGAGUUUUGUAGAAUUCCGGGGCUUGAGAGGGAAAUUGAAAGAGAAGUUCCAUGUAGUGUACGGAUUGAUCCUUUUGAUCGACGUGGUGGUGGGGACAUAAACCAAACAUUCACCUCAUUAAGUUGUAAGGGCACAUCCUCUUCUUUCCAUACCCCAAAGGUGCCUCAUGGUUUGUGUCCGGAUGCCUCAUCUUCAUCGAUUUUAAUCCAAAGUGAUAGAAGAGAGAACCGAGAGAGAGAAAAAAUGCUUGAGAGUGAAAGUGAGUCUAAAAAGCCAAGAGAGCGUGAUAAAAGACAAGAGUGUGAGGUGCAAAAGUCAAGAGAGAGUGGUUGGGGUGAGAGAAAAGAAAAAUAUCAAAUGAGAGAAAAACCACAAGCACAAGUGAGUAAAGGGUGUUUGUUAGAUUCUAAGGCCAACCUUGGGUGGGCACCAAGUGAACCUUUGCCUCUUGCCCUUGGUGAGGAAAAUAAGUUUUUACCCACUAACACUACUUGUAUGUCUUCUUGUGUUGAUGACUUUGUAGUGAGUAAAGUUGAAGACAUGGAAGUGAAGUAUCAAGUUGCACAUAGCUUGGAAACUAUGUCCCCGGAAAAGGAUCAAGAGGAACGAGGGCAAGUGGAUAAACUCCUUGCCCAAGGUUCAAGUGCACUAUCUUUAUCUACUUGUGAUGAUUCAUUGAGUGUGAUUACAUUAGAAAAGUCCCUUUGUGUUGAUAGAUUUGUUAAUGAUGAUUUAUGUAAAAAGUGGGCUCAUGAGCUUGAAUCUUUGGAUGUUAAAUCUAUUUUUGCCUCACAUGUUGAUUCUUUUGGGUUAAAUACUAGCAUUGAUAGACACGACUACUCACUUGUGAAAUCUACCUUGGAUGUUGGAGUGACUUCCUUUCGUGCCAAGAUGCCUAAGCUUUCAUUUGUUGGUAACUUUGAGCUUCAUGAGUAUGUAGAUGAGAAUAGUAGGACGAAGGGAAGUGACAUGGGUAGUGACUUUAGAACUCGGUGUUGGCUAUGUUUUCAAUGCAAGGUGGUUAAACCCUUCAAUGGGAUUGGAGUGUUCUAUGGCCGUUUUGUGAAGGAUUUUUCCACUCAUAUGUCUCUUGUAGAUUGUGUUGUGUUUAAUGGCGUAAGGAUACAUUUUUUCUAUAGUUGGGGCCUAAAGUUGUUGGAGCAAUUGUGUAGAGCCUAUUUUGAUAAGUUUCAUAUGCAUGGUGUUGUGUCUUGUCUCCAUGUUGUGCAUAGUGGUUUAUGGACACGUUACUCCCUCAUUUUUGAUAAUCUCUUGAAAUUGUUGGGACAAUGGAAUGAAAUCCAUUUUGAUGAACUUGGUUUGUUGGUUGAUACACUUUUUUGCAAACUUGAUGUGAGUUGUGAUGAACCUACUUUAUAUGUUGGACAAGAGUUUGUCAAUUUGUGGAAGAGUAUUCCUUAUUUGAGCAAGAAUGAUGUGUUAAUGAUUAUUGAUGGUCUUCCCUUGUAUGAUCUUGAGGUUAGAGAUUUUGUGCUUAGACUUUUCUUGGUGAUAUUCAACUAUGCACAAUAUGAAGACCAUUUCUUGUGUCCCUUUAGCCCUAAUGGGAAUGCCAAAUCUUUUGUAAAGAUAUUCAAGAAUUUGGGCAUAGAUAGUGUAGGGAUGAUUGAGCCAAAUAGAAACAAAGUGCUUGGGGCAUGUGUGUUUUGGCAUGUUAGUUGCUUUUAUUGCAUGUCAAUUAAGCCUUUCAACGUAAUUGGGAUGUUUUAUGGUUCUUUUAUUAAAGACUUUGUUUCUAAUGGUCUUGUUUGGGAUUCCAUUGUAAAAGAAUGUAUAGGCUUAUGUGCACCCACAUCUAGUGCCGAUAUUUUGAAAUUAUUUGAGUAUUGGCAUGAAGGAUAUCUUGAUGAGCUUGAUGUAUUUUGUUAUGGUGAUCGCUAUUUGAAGUGUUCUAAUAUCCUUGGUCACAUGUUAGCUAUUGAGAAUGUCUAUUUGCAUGAAAACCUACAUUUGUCGAUUGGUAAGAGGAAUAGAUGUUUUGUAUUCUUGAAUGAGAUUGGCUCAUUUGACCAUAUUGAUAUGCAUGUUAGAAUCAUCCACGACAAGGGACUUGAGAAUGUGAUGAAUUGGCUUAUGCUUGGUUUCUAUUAUGCAUCAAUUAACCCAAUCAAUGGAGUGGUACGCGCGGGCGGGAUUUGAGGACAAAUCCUUUUCAAGGAGAGGAGGAUGAUAUGACCACGUAUGCCGGGCAUCAAGAGUCACUCCGAAGACGUGAGCCGUGGGUUGAUUGGGGUCCAAUGAUGGCCUCCCAAGGAUGAUAGGAAAGAAGAACGCUCGGAUUUUAGGAAAAAUCCUUCCAAAGAAGGAUAGGAUGAUACGACCACAAGUUCCGAGCCUCAAGAGUCACUCGUACUCCAUGAGCCUUGGGUAGAUUGGGGUCCAAGAACGAUGAAAAGGCCAUGACAAGGAGCUAAGAUGUAGUUGGGGUCUGAUUCAAGCAGUGAUCUGACAAAUCAAAUGACGUCCAAAUUCUCUUCCAAGGCAACCGAUGUCUUCGUCUUCGAAAGAGGGUCGCGUGAGUAUGUUUCACGCCUCGAACGGAGUUCAGAUGAGAGAGAUAUGGCCGUUUGAAGAAAGCCGCGCAAUGCAGAACAAAACGCGCGGGCGGGCGUUUUCCCUUAUGCAAAACGCCCGGUCGGGCGUUUGUGUCCGAUUUUAAGAAUUUAGGCAGAAAAUUUGCCCGGUCGGGCGAUUUGCCGUUUUCUAAACGCCCGGUCGGGCGUCGGCACUGUUUUUGCCAAUAUUUCACUUAUUUUGGGCCAUUUUCUUAUGUUUCCAACCCUAGCUAUAAAUACCAUUUGUGAGACAUUUAUUUGGAGACUUUGAUGAAUGUUAUUAUGAAGACUCCUUUGAGAG